GUUUAGUGGUAUAAACUCCAUGUAGGCUGGCCAACUCCAUCCAGGGGAGGGCCCUGGGGCUGUCUGUGGAGGGGCUGGGCACGUAUUGGUUUCUGUGGCCUCUUUGCAGGAGGAAGCCAUGUGUUUUACCUAUGCCUAAUACUUUUCAGAUCCAGUGAUCAUGGACAUAGCUUCUGCCAGGGGUGCAUUGUCCUGUGUUGGAGUGAAUGCAGGUUGGACUUUCUGUCCCCAGUGCCACGUGAUCUUCCUGCAGAGACCUAUGACCCAAAUGCCAGCUUGAGAAUUUGGUGGAAUCACUGCUGUGCCAGCUCUGAGUUCAGAUAGUUAUGGAUUCCCCAGCUCAACUAUGUGCCAAACACAGAGAGGCCCUGAAGCUGCUUUGUCAGGAGGAUCAGAAGCCUAUUUGCAUGGUGUGUCAUGCCAUCCGAGUCCAUGCCACUCAUCACCUGUUGCCCAUUGAUGAAACUGUCCAGGAUUGCCUAGAUAAACUGUCAACUCGUCUGGCAUUCCUGAAGACAGAAAAGGAAGAGGCCCUAGAGACAAAGCUGAAUGGGGAACAGGAGAUCCAGGGGAUGCUGGACCUAGUCAGUGUGGAGAUGCAAGAGGUGGAAAGCAACUUCAGCAAAAUGAAAGAGUUUCUGAAAGACCAGGAGAAAUCCCUGUUGCUCCAGAUGGAAGAGCUCAACAGGGACAUUGCCCAUUGGAAGGAACAAUUCACCACCCAGCUUUCCAACAAGGUGUCACACCUCAGUAACCUCAUGGCUGAACUGGAAGAGCAGCACCAACGUCAAGUACUGGAGCUGCCAGAGGACAUUGGAAACAUAUUACACAGGGCUGAGAUGCCAAUGGCCACACACUGUAAGGCUGUGCCCCCAGAGCUGAGAGACAGAAUCCAGCACCUCUCUGGGAAGAGCUGGGUCCUACAGAAGACUAUGAGGCGGUUCACAGAGUGUCUUCAAUCAGAACUGGAGAAAAGGAAAGUGCUGCUGACUCUUAACCCAGACACAGCCAACCCUCAUCUGUUUAUCUCCCUGGAUCAGAGGACCGUGUACUUCAGGGAAACCCCACAGAAGUUACCCUACAGUGCUGAGAGAUUCGACUCCCAUUUCUGUGUGCUGGGCCACGAAGCUUUCAGCUCGGGGAAGCAUUGCUGGGAGGUGUGUGUAGGAGCAGGCUCCAUGGAAGGCUGGGCUGUUGGGGUCUCCAGGGCCUCUGGGAGAAGGAAGGGGGAGAUCCAUUUUGUCCCCUCAGGAGGGAUCUGGGCUAUCCAGAUGCUGAAGGGGUGUUAUGAAGCGCUCACAACCCCAGAGACUCCACUGACUCUAAGUAGGCCCCCUAAGAGGCUGGAAGUCUCUCUGGAUUAUGAGGGGGGAAGCCUAACCUUUUCAGAUGCUGAGACAGGAGCUCUCAUCUUUACUUUCUCAGAGGAUUUCUGUGAGGAGCUCCUCCCCUUCUUUUGGCUCUGGGGCCAAGGGGCCCAACUCACUGUGAAUCCCUGAAUUCCAGGGACUCCUCGUCCCCUUGGGCCUCAGUUUUCCCAUCUGUAAAAUGAGGAAUAUGUGUGUAGGAGGGCAGAGACUGACCCUUUCUUAUCCUACCAGUCCAAGCCUGCCCUCUAUGGAGGGAGCAGGUACCUGUAAACUGUACCUAUAAAUACAAUUGUUAUUGAUUUUAUUAGGUCAAUAAACCACAGAAGUUCCCUCUAUAUUCUCCCAGUCAUCUUGAAUCCUUCAUUUCUCCAUAUUUUCUGAUAUUA